CAAACUUCCUCCAGUUACAAUUUACAAAAUACAAGGGAAAUGGAAAAACAAAUUUACCAGCAAGAUUUCCUUUGGAAGUUCGUAUUCAGCUGCCUGCUUGCCCCCAAAACCCUAACCUAUCAAGAAAAAAUUCCCCAGCUCCCUCACCCUCACAGCUAAGGCAGCAAAGAAUAUAAUUCCCCAGGUACUUCUCUCCCAAACCUCUUCUUCCGAAUCCUUCUCCGUCCUCUACCGUCGCAGUUCCUAGCUUCAGUAGCAGCCAUGGCGGGUCCGAAUUUGGAGUGUCGCAUGUACGAAUCCCGGUACCCGGAAGUAGACAUGGCGGUGAUGAUUCAGGUCAAGAACAUCGCCGACAUGGGUGCCUACGUCUCCUUGCUCGAGUACAACAACAUCGAAGGUAUGAUCUUGUUCUCCGAGCUCUCCCGCCGCCGGAUUCGUAGUGUCAGCAGCUUGAUUAAGGUCGGCCGCAUCGAGCCCGUGAUGGUGCUUAGGGUUGAUAAGGAGAAGGGAUACAUUGAUUUGAGUAAGAGGAGGGUCAGUGAAGAGGAUAUUCAAACAUGCGAGGAGAGGUACAACAAGAGUAAGCUUGUUCACUCCAUCAUGCGCCACGUUGCUGAGACUCUGGGAAUUGAUUUGGAGGAGCUGUACAUCCACAUUGGCUGGCCUCUGUACCACAAGUAUGGUCAUGCUUUUGAGGCAUUCAAAGUCAUUGUGACUGAUCCUGAUACAGUUCUUAGUACCCUUACCCGUGAAGUCAAGGAAGUUGGUCCUGAUGGACAGGAGGUAACCAAAGUUGUUCCAGCUGUAACUGAGGAAGUGAAAGAUUCUCUGGUGAAGAACAUCAGGAGAAGAAUGACACCACAGCCUACGAAGAUACGAGCUGACAUCGAAAUGAAAUGCUUCCAGUUUGAUGGUGUCCUGCACAUUAAGGUUUUCGUCUGGAUUUUGUAUAACUGGAUGCAAUGCGGAAGGCAGAAGCUGCUGGUAAUGAUGAUUGCCCUGUGAAGAUUAAGCUGGUGGCUCCUCCUCUUUAUGUUCUCACCACACAAACCCUUGACAAGGACCAAGGAAUAUCCAUCCUCACCAAUGCCAUCACGGCGUGCACUGAAGCAAUCGAAGAGCAGAAAGGGAAGCUUAUAGUGAAGGAGGCCCCAAGAGCGGUGAGCGAACGCGACGACAAGUUGCUGGCAGAUCACAUGGCUAAGCUGCGGAACGAGAAUGAGGAGGUGAGCGGGGAUGAAGAUAGCGAGGAGGAAGAAGAUACUGGUAUGGGAGAUGUGGAUGUAGAGAACGCCGGUCCGGGCAUAACCGAGUGAAAGCACUAGUACAGAGAAGGAAAAGAGGGUCUAUAGGAGGGGUUGUAGUUUUGGAUAUUCUUACAUUUGAUUUGAAGUACGGCCCUUUCCUUGAGUUGGUUUUUGUCACGGGCUCCCUUGAGUAUCUGCAGCGGGUUGAAUAGUUGUACUAUUGCUUUUGUAUGGCCAAACUGCCGAAGUCAUAUUGACCUUUUUCUGGCUGAUUCCCGUUACCAGAUUACUAACUGCUGGGAAACUGGACGUCCUUAUGGGAAGAUAGUAGCUCAACCGAGAGCCUUGUGCCCUCAAAUCAGC